GCGGCGUGCGUGCUCUGACGCGUGAGAAGUGGCGGGGCGGGUGCAGGCGCCCCGCCUUCGGGGCUCCGCGCCGGGGCUUGUGAGCACCCCACCCUUCCCAGACCUGGCGCGACGGCCUGAGCUGCCCCAGGCAGGCCCAGGUGAUCAGGACCACAUAAUGUCAAUAGCUCGGUCGACCGUCCAUGCCAAAUGGAUCGUGGGGAAGGUGAUUGGGACGGCAAUGCAGAAAACCGCUAAAGUGAGGGUGACCAGGCUUGUUCUGGACCCCUACUUGCUAAAGUAUUUUAAUAAGCGCAAAACAUACUUUGCUCACGAUGCCCUUCAGCAGUGCACUGUUGGGGAUAUUGUGCUUCUCAAAGCUUUACCUGUUCCACGAGCAAAGCAUGUGAAACAUGAACUGGCUGAGAUCGUUUUCAAAGUUGGCAAAGUCAUAGAUCCAGUGACAGGAAAACCCUGCGCAGGAACCACCUACCUGGAGAGCCCCAUUGGUUUGGAAACCACUCCCCUAACCAGAACUCCAGAAGAACUCGGUAUUUCUUCAUCACCGUGAAGGAUUGGAAGAAGGAGCCAAAGGGAAAGAUUUAUGAAAAAAAAAAAAAAAAAUUAAAGUUUCAUUGCAUACUGUG